AUGGGGAAGCUAGUAGCGCGUGCCUAUGGGAUCAUCGACGAGCUUCUUGCUCGGCGGAAGGGUGGCCGUGAAGCCGGCGAGCCGCGGAAGGAUGACAUGCUGGACGUGGCGCUCGAUAACGAAGACGAAUGGAAGAACAACAAUCCUGUGAUUGACCGUAAUAACAUCAAGGGACUCAUCGCGAAGGUGAAGGACGAGUUUAGGAGAGUUUUGGGUACUAGAACAGAGAUAGAGGAGUCUGACAUUAGCCAGCUUCCUUACCUCCAAGCUGUACUAAAAGAAACGCUCCGGCUCCACCCAAGUGUCCCAAUGACGUACUACAAAGCAGAGGCUACAGUGGAAGUGCAAGGCUAUAUUAUUCCCAAAGGCACCAACAUCAUACUGAAUAUUUGGGCGAUCCAUCGCAAGCCUGACGUGUGGGCUGAUCCUGAUAGGUUUAUGCCGGAGAGAUUCAUGGAGACGGACACCAAUUUCUUCGGCAAGCAUCCCGAGUUCAUCCCGUUUGGUGGCGGACGGCGGAUCUGCCUUGGUUUGCCACUGGCGUACAGGAUGGUUCAUAUGGUUCUUGCGUCACUGUUGUUUCACUUCGACUGGAAGCUUCCAGAAGGAGCCGAGAAAGAUGGUGUGGAUAUGAGAGAGAAGUAUGGGAUGGUGCUUCACAAAGAGACACCACUCAAAGCCUUGGCUAUUGAAACGUAUAAUCGCAAGUAA